AUGGACUGCGCCACCACAGCUGUGGAGGCGAAGCAGCGCUUAACCAAUUUUAUGGCGUCUGCCGCGAGCUCUACGCGGCAGAUUGUUUGCGAGCACGCCCGCCUGAGCGUGGACGGGCUGCGCGUGGUGCCAGGCCCCACUAGGAUUGGUACAUGCGGGGCGGCGUCGAACAGUGAUGCCACGUUAUUGCAUGCUGAGAGGUCUCGCAUCUUGUGGCCCAUGCGUGCGGAUGCGAAACUCGCAGCACUGCCCGUGGGCGGCGGAGAGGGCGUGGACCCAACAGGCCCUGCUGUUGGUCAGGACGUGUUGUGCUUUCUUUUCGACACGCUUACGUCUGCGCACUUGACUGUAAUGACAGGCAGACGUCGGCAUGUGUCCGUGUCAAUUGGCGUGGAGUUUGCGGAGCCGCUCUGUGUGGAGCAGCCAUUCACCCUGACAAGUUGCCUUUUGCGGGUGGGUCGGCGGAUCUGUUGCCUGACUGCCGAAGUCCACCAGCGGAAAGGUGGGCGGCGGCUGCUGUGUGCGAGGGCCGACCACCUCAAGGCCUUCUACACAGAGAGCCCACAGCAUAAUUCCCACCCGCCCGCGAGCAAGCUGUGA